GAGGAAGAGAUGAGAGCUGAGCGAGGAGCAGUUCACAUCACGGAGGGGCUGGGGAGCAGUAGCUUCACGCAAUAGAGAAAAGAGGAGGAAAAUCCAAAAAGAGCAAGAACUGUUUGCUGUAAAGAUUGGUAAGCACCGAGAUACUUUCUUUCCCACUUAGAUCAUUGACUCAACAGUUGUUGCUAAAAAAAAAAAAAAAAAAAAAAAACCCACAGGUGUGGCUAGUUGGGACAAUUUCGUUGUACCUGACUGCUCAGACUUGUGCAUAUUUGUGUAGGGGGCAAGGUGAGAAAAGAUUGAUUUGCUGUGAUAUCAAACAUCGGAGAGGCUUUUCCUCCCUUUUCCUCGAGGUUGCUGAUGGCUGGACAGACAUCCUCUUCAGACUGUUCUCAUCUCAUUGACCACAGCCACAUCUCUGAGUUUGAGGUAUCUCCUUGGAUCAAGAUCACUCUGGCCUUGCUCGACAUCUGCAUCUUUGUGGCAGGCAUCCUGGGCAACAGCAUCACCAUUAAGGCUACCAGGAUCCUGCAGAAGAAAGGCUACCUGCAGAAGGAGGUCACGGACCACAUGGUGAGCCUGGCCUGCUCUGACCUGCUGGUCAUCCUACUGGGCAUGCCCGUGGAGUUCUUCAGUGCCAUUUGGAAGCCCUUUGCCACCCCAAAUGGCAAUGUGGCAUGCAAGCUUUACUAUUUCCUCUUCGAAGCCUGCAGUUAUGCAACUGUGCUGCACGUCGCCACCCUUAGUUUUGAGAGAUAUGUGGCUAUCUGCCACCCCUUCAAGUUCAAGGCAGUCUCUGGACCCCGUAAAGUGAAGAUCCUCAUCGCUUUUGUCUGGGGGACAUCUGUCAUUGUGGCUCUGCCCCUGCUCUUUGCCAUGGGCACAGAGUACCCACUGGAAAUCAUUGAGAACUAUCAAGGUGUGACUGCCUGCGCCAAGUCAACUGCCAGACACCACCUUCCCGAACUAAAGCAAAACAUGACCAUCUGUACCAGCCUCUCCUCCAAGUGGCCUGUCUUCCAGGCCAGUAUUUUCAGUGCCUUUGCUGUGUACAUCAUAGUGCUGGGGUCCGUUGCCUUCAUGUGCCGCAGCAUGAUGAAAACCCUGAUGAUCCACAAGAAAGGAACUGUGGCAGUGAAGGGUGAGCCUGGACAACAGGAGCAGUACCUAAGGAAAAGCGAGAGCUCAGAGGGCAAGAGCUCCAGGAGACAGAUCAUUUUAUUCCUGGGACUGAUCGUUGCAACCUUGGCAAUAUGCUGGAUGCCAAACCAGAUUAGAAGGAUCAUGGCUGCUGCUAAACCAAAGCAGGACUGGACCGUCCCCUACUUCAGGGCGUACAUCAUUCUCCUUCCCAUUGCUGACAUUUUCUUCUACCUCAGCUCCGUGGUGAACCCCCUGCUGUACAAUAUCUCUUCUCAGCAGUUCCGCAGUGUGUUUCUGCAGGUCCUCCGCUGCCACCUGACGAUAGAGCACGCCAACAAAGAGAAGUUUCUCAGAGCCAACCUGAGCUCUAGAGCCAGGAGCAGCCGGUCUUUACGCCCGCUGCUCUUCAUUUCCUCCAGGCGCAGCUCUUCCACAAGGAGCAAUAGCAAAGGUUUAAGUACUUUUCAGAACGAGGCCAACCCCAACUGCAGUCUGCAGAAGCCAGGUCUUGAAUUGCAGGAGCCCAGCUUGGAAGAAGUGCCACUGGAGAUGAGCUCAAAGCCUCGCCCAGAUGCACAGAAUGGCCUUUGUGAACGUGAAGUAUGACUUCAUAAGGCAAUGGGCAGCAAUGAACAUCAAAACAUGUGAACUAAAGUGGCUGAGGACUUGACUACAUCUUAAAGUAAUAACACAAUGGAUUUGUUUCCAGUUGUGCAAAAAGAGCAGCAGUUCUUUAUCUUGCUGUUGAAUUUCCAAUGUGCACUUAAAAAUCUCAAUCUGCUAACUGAAUUCACAGAAUCACACAAUCACAGAGAAUUGUAGAGGUUGGAACGGACCUCUAGAGAUCAUUGAGUCCAACCCCCCUGCAAAGUCAGGCUCCCUGCAGCAGUCACACAACCAUCCAGGUGGGUCUUGAAUAUCUCCAGAGGGAGACACCACAACCUCUCCAGGCAGCCUGUUCCAUUGCUCCAGAGUAAAGUUCUUCCUUGCAUUAGGAUGGAACUUCCCACGUUCUGAUUUCUGCAUUAGCUGCCAGAAGCGUCAGCCUCUUUCUGCACAACCACUGAACUUCCCUCACUGUUGGUAGAGACUUAAAAACAAAUAGAAAAUAAUUGCAGUGUCUUUGAAGAAAGGAGAUAGAACAAACUGUGUCAGGACAAGAAACUUGCUCCAAGUUUAGCAAUACAAAAACAAGAGAGAGAAUUCAAGGAGCAGAGCGGUGGUUAUCAUGUGUGCCCUCAGCAUCACACCAGAAUUCCCCCUCUUCUUCGGCCGGGGUCCGUUGCAGAGCGGAGUGUUGCAGCAACUGAUACACACAGAGUUCACUUUCCCUGGAGAGCAAAAAGAUUGGUAUCCAGCAGAAGCUAUCAGACACGCUGCUGAAGAUGCGCAGGAUUUGCGAUACAUGAUUCCUGUGGCACAGAACAAAGGUUACUCAGCUUGACACGAACAUAGGUUUCCUUUAUGAUUCAUACUUGAAAACUCUUGCAAAACAGUUUACGUUUCCAAAGCAAUGCUGGUGAUUAAAGCCACACACCUCGGCUAUGACGUAACAAACAGCUCUGCACUGCAGGAGAACCACGGCCACCACGCUCACGAUUUUUCUUUUAUUUGACUCUGGGUGGAACCAACAAACCACUACAAAUGUGAUUCACAUAAACUAUAUUAGAACAUCUCUUUUAUAAACAGAAUUUCUCAUCUUUUGGAAUAUGCUGUUUGAGUAGCUACAACUGGAAUGCAGUAAAUUCUAAAAUUAUUUCUAUUGUUGAACAUUUGAAUGAAGGUGUUUGAAUAAUUACAGUUUUCUGUGUUGUUAAUUUGUAUUUUGGUGGGUUUUUUCCCUUGCUGCUGUUAUCCAGAAAAGUUACCAACAGCAAAAGGAGGUUGACUAUCAGUACUUUUCUAGGUGGCCUCAGUUCUUACUCUUUGAGAUUUAAUAGUUGAACAAAAGUUUCUGUUUCUGAGUUGAAAGUCUUAUUUAUAAAUGCAAUUUAAUACACAUAGAAUGGAGGUCUGCUGGUAUUGUCUUGUGUUUACAAAGACAAGACAGAUUUUUAAGGAUAAUAAAAAUCACGAUUCCUUUAGAACAA